AUGGAGCGCAUCAGUAGCUUCUACAGCCUCGAACACCUGGUGACCACUCUAGAUGAGCAGGGCGUGCCCGAGGAGUACAUAUGCCCCAUAACUCAAGAUUUUAUGCGCGACCCGUGCAUCGCUGAGGACGGACACACAUACGAGCGAGCGGCGAUCGAGGAGUGGCUGGGGCGGCACGGGACCUCUCCCAUCACGCGGGACUACAUCUCAGCGGAGCGCCUGAUGCCGGAUGCCACUCUCCGCAAGAUGAUCGACGAUUUCCUGGGCGAGAAGCGACAGUUGCUCCUUUCCCAGCGGGAGCGUGAGAAAGGGUCGCGACUGUCCUCCGCAGAUCCGGAAACAGACGGACGAUCCGCACCACCUCCGCAGUUCCUUGCUGCCAACCAAGCAGCUCCGCGAGGUGACGACGACGACGACGGCGACGAAGGAGAUGACGAUGACGGCGACGAUGAUUCAGGGCACCCCUACUACGCCAGCGGAGGAGCCAAGGCCGAACGCGCGCCUCUCAUGGGCCUCUCCGCCGAACGCGGUGCGAUGAAAAGGGAGCAGCAGCAAGCACGAAGCAAGCAGAUGUGGAGUGCGCACCACCCUCGACCUACCAAGGCCUCACGAAGCCCGCACCGUGAAGACAUCACGCCGGCCUCCGCGCACGGCGUAGUCAGCCGGCAAGUCUCCACCUCCACCUCCACCACCUCCUCCUGUUGGAUGUGUGUGCUCUACUAG